UAUUUUUGCGCUCUCUUGAAAAAAUGUCGGAGGGAAUUCAUCAAUAUUUUGAGGAAAUCUUAAGAAGAUUUGAAGGCGUUCUAGCCAUCAUUGUAACUGAUAGAGAUGGCGUUCCAGUCGUCAAAGUUGCUGAUGCAAGAGCUCCCUCCAGUGCAUUACGUAGCAGCUACCUAGCAAUAUUUGCAAGUGCAACUGAACAGGCUAGCAAACUUGGAUUAUCAAGAAACAAAAACAUAAUUUGCUCUUUUCCAUCAUACCAAGUUGUUCAUUUCAAUUAUCUGCCACUUGUAGUGAGUGUCAUUGCAUCAAGUACCGCAAACACAGGUGUCAUCCUCAGUUUGGAGUCAGAUUUUGAAAACUUAAUUAAUGCUAUGAAGAAUACAGUUGAAGGAGUGUGAUUAUUAUUAUUAGUAAUUAUUGUUAAAACAUUAUGAUAAAUAAGAUAGUUAUCUUUCUAAAAAAAAAAUUUAGCAGAAGCUCAUGAGGUAUUUUUAUAACUUUGUGAUUUUUCUCAAAUACCAAGGUCUUUGCUUUCAUAAAAGAUCAUGUCAAAAACUAAUAGAAAAUGUUCUCACUACUAAACUAUCAUGAAAGAAAUAUUUCAUAAUAAAGAACUAUUUUUGUUCAUUUUUCCAUUCAAAUUGAUGUUUAGUUUCAGAAAAGAUUAAGACCAACAAACAUUGAUAUCUUAUAGAUGUCUUAUGCUAAGUUCUGCCAUCUGUGUUAGAUGCUUCCUCACUGACAAAAGGGGGUGGCCAUGGGAGGUAGGAAGUUUUCUUGAAUGAUACACAAAGAAAACUUUACAGUGUUUGUCUUUUUCAUAUUCAUCUUACCUCUGCUUCUUCUGUUAACAUAUCCAUCUUUAGUUUAAUUCUUAUCUGUUUGGUCAAGAAAAAGAAAAAUAUUUGAUAUUUGGAUUGAA